AUGCGCCGCAAGGUUUGGUCAACAGUCCACAGGCUAACACGACGCAUAGCUCGAGCUUUUACCGCCCACUCCGAUCGCGACGCCUCCGACAACCACCUACCAACUACCCCUGGCUCACCCAUCUUUAGCCCCAAUCCUGACAAUACAGCCGCUACCCCGGAGCCGUCCAAUAUGGCCGACGGAGAGGAGGACUACAGUUCUCUGCCACUCACAGAUCGCUGGGUGCAUAAGAUCUGGAAAGUCCGCAAAGCAGCAUACGAAGAAGCUACCAAGCAAUUCGAAGUCAGCGCCGACGAGUACGAUGCUUGCUUCCAACCAUUCCUGCGAGAUCCAUCCCUGUGGAAGGGUGCCGUGGCCGACAGUAAUGUAGCAGCACAACAAGAUGGCAUGGCGGCAUACUGUGCGUUCUUGAAAUUUGGUGGAAAAGAACAUGGCACAAGAUCAAGAGGCGUCACAGUCACACCUAUCUGCGAAAAGGGUCUCCCAUCCACGCGAGCAGCGACAAAGGCCUCGUCCAUCGAAGCUCUACUCCUCCUCUGCGAGGUCGAUGUACCAAAUCCAGUUAUCGAGGAUAUCCUGCCAGUUCUCUCCGCUAAGCAACCGAAAACCGUUGCCGCCGCGAUAAAUGCUUUGACAGCCAUCUUCCACAACUACGGCUGCAAGCUUGCCGACCCCAAGCCCGUCCUAAAAGUCUUACCGAAACCAUUCGGCCACGCUGACAAGAAUGUCCGAGCUGAAGCGACCAACUUGGCAGUCGAAUUCUACAGAUGGCUCCGAGAGGCCAUGAAACCAAUGUUCUGGGGUGAUUUGAAGCCAACCCAGCAAUCCGACUUGGAAACCCAGUUCGAAAAGAUCAAGGCGGAAGGAGCUCCAAAGCAAGAACGGUUGUUGCGGACUCAACAAGCCGCGAAAGAAAAGGCACCGGCAGCCGGAGCAGGGGAUGACGGCGGCGGGGACGAUGACGAGCCCGAGGAGCCCGAGGAGAUUGAUGCGUUCGACCUCGCAGAGCCUCAGGACGUUAUCAAGGGCAUACCUGGGAAUUUCUACGAUUUGCUGGGAUCAUCGAAGUGGAAAGACCGCAAGGAAGCCGUCGAGGCGCUGUAUGCGCUGGUGAACGUACCAAGGAUCAAAGACGGAGAUUUCAACGAGGUCAACCGUUCCCUGGCGAAAUGUAUGAAGGACGCCAACAUCGCCGUCGUCACACAAGCAGCACAAUGUAUCGAGCUCCUAGCCAAGGGAUUGAGGAAGGGCUACGGAAAGUAUCGAACUACUGUCAUGCAGCCCAUCAUGGAACGACUCAAGGAGAAAAAGCCUACCGUCCAAGAUGCCCUUGGCGCAGCACUCGACCAAGUCUUUCUGGCAACAGGCCUGACGGAAUGUUUUGAAGAUAUUCUGGCUUACCUGGUUCACAAGAAUCCCCAGGUCAAGGAGGGCACCAUGAAGUUUCUCGUACGGUGUCUACGGACGACAAGGGACGUGCCAAGCAAACAAGAAAUCGGUCAGAUGGUGGAGGCUGCAAAGAAGCUCCUGGCGGAGUCUAGCCCUGCGCUUCGUGAUGGCGGUGCCGAAAUAUUAGGCACCAUCAUGAAGAUCAUAGGCGAGCGGGCGAUGAACCCACACAUGGAGGGUCUCGACGAGAUUCGUAAGAGCAAGGCCAAGGAAUACUUCGAAACAGCAGAAGUCAAGGCGAAGGAGAAGCCAAAAGCGCCACCGCCGGCUGCGAAACCACCACCGGGCGGUCCAAAGAAGGUGGUUAGGAAGGGCCCCGCUGGUCUAAAGAAAGCUGCCCCAGCAGCAGCGCCCCCGCGAGCAGAGUCUCCCCCAUUGGCACCACCACCGACGGCGAAACCAGUGGGCAACAAGCUUGGCAUGCCAAAGCCCUCUGGGAUCGGGGGUCUCAAGGCACCUCAGAAGAGAGCGCUCGCAUCGCCACGGCGACCUUCAGCUGCAGCGCCUCCACCGCCUGAAGAAGACGAGUAUGAAGAGGAGCCAGCACCAGUUGCAUCCCCGCCUCGACAACGAUUUGGAAUGGUGGGCCGUGGGGGUCUUGCUGGCCGCUCUCUAGCUAAACCGACUGCAGCGCCCGCAGCCAUGGCUCCCGCCGCCGAUCCUGUUCCUGCAGUCUCAGGUCUCACCGCAUUGGAACGUGCGGAGCUGGAAGAGCUCAGGGCCGCCAACGAGAGCCUGCUGCGGCAAGCUGACGAGUCCCGUCAUGAGCGGUCCAAGCUUUUGUCCGAGAUCCAGGAACUCAAGAAUCAAAAUGCUCAACUUAUCGAGGAUCAUACAAGGGACGUACUGAGCAUCAAGGCCAAGGAGACGCAGCUUGUACGUGCACGCAGCGAUGCAGAAGCCGCGGAGAGUACAAACGAGCGUCUACGAAGAGAGCUUGACCGACUGAAGCGAGCGCUUAGUAAGUCUGAGCAGCUCGGUAUGCAGCGUGAUGACAUGUUGAGUCCCACGCUCAGCACGGCCAGCCCAGUACAAGAAGAGAUGGGUGGUGGUUUCCGGGACAGGGAAGGCAGUUUUGGGGGCGGCUUACACAGGGCAGCGAGCACUGCGUCUAGGAAUCGCACUUCGUACGCUAGCAACCUGUCUGAGGAGAAGGAGAAUGGUUUCGGCCCCGACGCUCCCCCGCCCUAUGCAAGGCACAAGGCCCUGAGCCCCGAGCUCGGAAGAUACAAUGGCGGCAAUGGGGCCAGCUCGGCUAGCAGUGGACGAGCAUCUCCCGCUAGGGGCUACAGGAGAGAUGUCUACUCAGGCGAGCAUUCAUCCGCUGCUGGUGGCGGUGGCGGUGCCGUCGGAAGCAAUGGGAACGGUGCUGAGAGCUGGAAGAGGGCUGCUGAGGUGACCAGCCAGUUGAAGGCAAGGAUCGAGCAGAUGAAGGCUAAGCAAGGGCUUGCGAGGCAGUAG